AUGCUGGAUUCAGCCACGCACAGCACAUUUCUAUCAAACACGAUGGUCUGUGACCCCCUGACGUCUUGGACAGAGUUAUUUGGAACAACUGAAGAUGAUUAUUCCAACUUUGAUCAUCAGACAGAUUCCGAUCCUUUCUGGACAUCCGUUCACCCAGAGUACUGGAAUAAGCACAAUGUCUGUGAAUGGUUACAGUUUUGCUGUGACCAAUACAAACUGGAUGCCAACUGCAUUUCCUUUUCCCGCUUUAAUAUCAACGGCCUACAGCUGUGCAACAUGACACAAGAGGAGUUCCUAGAUGCUGCAGGCACUUGUGGUGAAUACUUGUAUUUCAUCUUACAGAAUAUCAGGAUGCACGGCAUCUCCUUCUUUACUGAUGCAGGAGAAACAAAGCCAUCUAUCAAGAGCGGUGACCUCUUGAGCAAGCUGCCAGCAGCCUCCGGAGCACCUCCUUCUCUCCUCACGUUGUUCUGCAGUUCAGGGCCAGCCGCAGAUAAGAGUUCUCAUUUGUGGGAAUUCGUAAGAGACCUUCUCCUUUCUCCCGACGAAAACAGCGGCAUCCUCGAAUGGGAGGACAGGGGACAAGGCAUUUUUCGGGUUGUUAAAUCAGAAGCUCUGGCAAAAAUGUGGGGACAAAGGAAAAAAAAUGACAGAAUGACAUAUGAAAAAUUGAGCAGAGCUCUCCGAUACUAUUAUAAAACCGGGCGCCUACGGGAGCGCGUCCUCGCCUCACGCCGGCUGCAGGGCCGCACCGCAGUCUGCGCCGACAGACCGGCCCCAGCCACAAAAACAGCACUCGAAUCCGGGGGUCAGCAACUCCUCCUCUCCUUCUGCCAAGCCCUGUCUCUAAAUAAGCCCGUAGGGAUAUCUUUGCUGCUGUUCAAGAGAUUACAACCAACAGGCGCAUCUUAA